AUGUCUGGACUAAGCAGCACCUCUUUACCCUGGCUUCUGGAGGAACCUGUUCUUUAUGGGUCUCACCUGGACAUAUCAAGCAAAACGUCCCCCGCACUGGUCAGGGUUCUGGUUUCCUCCAACAUCUUUACCCUCCAUCAGCUGGUGGAAGUUGCAGGACCUGGUCUGGACUGUGUGGAGGACCUGGCGGUGCGCUUGGGAGUAAGGAGGCAGGUGUUUAUGUUCCUAAAUAGUGCGGAUAAAACACUCGAGGCCGCGUUCCGUGUGUCUCAUGGUGACGGUUCAUGUACGGUGGAUGCCAGCAUGGACGAUCUGAAAUGCUUUAAGUGUGGGAGCGUUAAGCAUAAACGGUUUGAGUGUCCGUUAAAAGAGCGGAGGAACACGCAGGAGAACCAGGCCUCCACUGCAGUGGAAACGAGUGGGGCCCCGGAGGGGGGUACUAAGAAUAACGCUCCUGAAGAGCCAGUGAGUGGAGAGGCUAGUAUUCAGGUGUGGGGUAAAGUGGGUGCUAUGGUGACUGGUGAGGCUAGUGGUCAGGUGAGCAGCGAGGAUGGUGCUCAGGUGAGCAGUGAUGUUGGGGCUAAGGUGACUGGUGAGACUGGUGUUCAAGUGUGGGAUGAGGCUGGUGCUCAGGUGCAGGCUGGACUGAAGGUAGGGGGGAGCAGUGCUGAAGAGCAGGAAUCUGAGUUAGUGAGUGAUGCUCAGUCAGGUUUACCUGUGUCUCAGGAGGAGGGUAUGGAGGAGGACAGGAUGUCUGAGGUGUCUGAUUGUUCCCAGGCCCUGCUUGAAGAUCUGCCUCAGCUGGAUGAACAACACAAGCAGGAAAUAGACAGUCCAUUGACUUUUGAUGAAGUCACCAAGGCUGUUUCUCAGCUCACUUCCGGGCGAGCACCUGGUGUGGAUGGUUUGCCAGUCGACUUCUGUAAGGCGUUCUGGGGGAUCAUCGGGAGGGACUUGUUUGAAGUUCUAGCCACUGUUAACCCAGCGUUUCCAUCGCUGAGCCAGGUUUCAGGGGCUCUGAGAGUGGACCUACAGGAAAAUGGCAUCUCCAAAGUCCGCCACUUAUGGAGAGACCAGUGCCAGAGUGAAGAGUCUGUUUUUCCUGAACUAGUGAUAGAUUUGAGCAAUCCAGAGAUGCAAAACUGGCAGGAGGCUUGUGAGACGUGCGAGAGUCUAAAUGGACAGAGGUUGUUCAGGCUGGCUCUUCCCCGAAAUGUAGCUGGCGGUCCCUGUACAAAAGACCCAUCGAGAAGAGGCUGGGAGACCUCCAGUGGAGGAUUCCCCCGGUACAGCCCCCCCAGUACAGCCCCCCCCAGUUCAUCCUCCUGGUACAGCUGCCUAGUUCAUCCCCCUAGUACAGCCCCCCCCCAGUUCAUCCCCUUCGGUACAGCCGCCCGGUACAGCCCCCAGUUCAUCCCCCCAGCACAGCUGCCCAGUUCAGCCCCCUGGUGUAAGCAGUGCAGCCCUAUUUGUCAGGGUCAGAGCAGCGCGCGCUCCGAGCUCCUUCUGGUCUCUUUGUCCGGUUUGCGGAGUUUUAAUGAGGUUUUUGUUCUGGCCCUCGGUGGACGCUCAGCGUUUGCCCAGAGUGCCCGGAUGGAUGGAGAACACACUGUUUUUCCAAGUUCGGACUUCAGUCUGGACAUUAACUCCAAAUCAAACGCCGCCGCUUCUCUCGCCUUCGUCUUUGACGUCACCGGCUCCAUGUAUGAUGACCUCCAGCAGGUGAUCGAAGGAGCCUCCAGAAUUCUGGAGAAGACUCUGAACCGCAGAACCAGAACCAUCGAGAACUUCGUUCUGGUGCCUUUCCACGACCCAGAUAUUGGACCAGUGUCCAUCACUACUGACCCCAGAAAAUUUCAGAAGGACCUGCAGGAACUGUUUGUCCAGGGUGGAGGAGAUUGUCCAGAGAUGAGCAUCGGUGCCAUAAAGAAAGCUCUGGAACUCUCUCUGCCCGGAUCAUUCAUCUACGUCUUCACAGAUGCUCGAGCUAAAGAUUAUCGGUUAAAACAAGAUGUUCUACAGCUGGUGCAGCUCCGCCAGUCUCAGGUUGUGUUUGUGUUGACGGGCGAUUGUGGAGAUCGUUCUCAUCCGGGUUACAGAGCGUAUGAGGAAAUCGCUGCCACAAGCUCUGGUCAGAUCUUUCACUUGGACAAACACCAGGUCAACGAGGUUCUGAAAUGGGUUGAAGAAACUGUCCAGGCCAUGAAAGUCCACCUGCUCUCAUCUGACCAUGAGACUGACCAAGAAAGCAAGUGGGAGGUGCCCUUUGACCCCAGCCUCAAAGAGAUCACUGUGUCCCUGAGUGGUCCAGCUCCACGUAUUGAGCUCAGAGAUCCGCUGGGUCGGACUGUUGGAGAGAGGCAGGGCUUGACGGAACUGCUGAACAUUCCAAACUCUGCUAGAGUGGUCAGCCUGAAGAACCCUCGUCCUGGCCUGUGGACACUAAAGGUGGCCUGUAGUGGACGCCACACUCUCAGAGUGACCGGAGUGAGUAAUCUGGACUUCAGGGCAGGAUUCUCCAGUAUCCCGGUCACAGAGUUUGUUAGGACCAGGGAAAGGCCCAUCAAAGGUGUUCCAGUGCAUGUGCUACUGAAAUGCUCUGGCCUGAAGCCCCCUGGUGUGGUCAGUAGUAUGGAGUUGGUGUCCACAGCAGGACGUUCACUGCACUAUAUUCCAGUGCCUUUACCUCCAGACGGAGGAGCAGGUGGACUCUGGAAUGUUCCAGAGUUUCAGACACCCUCUCAGGGCUUCUUCCUCAAAGUGCUGGGCAAAGAUGGAGACGGCUACGAUUUCCAGAGACUCUCCAGUGUGUCUUACACCAACAUUAACCCAGGAGCUCCCAUGGUGACUGUUCCUGUGGCGGUCAGGAUUUUGUCCAUGCAGUCUGCUCUGAUUGACUGUUCUGUGGAGAGUGACCUGCCCUAUAAACUGACCUUCACCAAAGAUGGAGUGAUGAUAGGAGAGGAAAAGAACUACGAGUCUUCUGCUAGAGCAUCAUGGGAGAUUUCUCGUGCUUCAGUGAAGGACGAGGGUGUUUAUGAGUGUGUGGCUCGCAGUGUUGCUGGAGUUGGACGAGCUCUCACACACCUCACUGUUACAGAGGCCCCACUUGUGGUUGUGUUUCCCCACACUCUGAGCUUCACUCUGGGGGAACAGAUCCGCCUUUCUUGCUCUGCCUCUGGAUCUCCCUCUCCUAAAGUCCACUGGAGUCGUGACAACAUGGAGCUCACUGAUUAUCACCGAAUGACCAUCACUCAGUCCGGCACACUGACCAUCAGAGAGGCUGUACCAGAGGAUGCUGGGAACUACACAUGCUCAGCCACCAAUGAUGCUGGCAUGGCUUCCCAAUCAGCUACUCUCAGCUAUGCAGAGCCACCCAGUAUACAUGCUGUGCAGCAGGUGGUGACAGCUGUAGUCGGAGGUGAUGCAGUUCUGGAGUGCAGAGUCACAGGCAUCCCGGAUCCACUGGUCAAAUGGAGAAAAGGAGUGCUGGAGUUGGGGCCGAUGCAGUUUCCUGCGCGACAGAUUAACCGUGGAGUCCUGCAUAUUCAGAGAGUGCAGGAACCUGACGCUGGAGAGUACAUCUGUGAGGCGUCCAACCAGGCCGGGUCAUCUUCAGCCAUGGUUACACUGCAGGUGGGAGCUGCUCCUUUUUUCUCCAAGACUCCUGUGGAUGUGAGUGUUAAUGUGGGUGAUAAUGUGACCCUGCCGUGUUCGGCUCAUGGAUCCCCUCCUCUGACUGUGGCCUGGCGCCGGAUGGACGGACACCGGAUCUCCAGCCAGGGAUCUGACCCUGUGACCUCACUACCCUCUGCACCCCUUCACAUCCACAGUGUUUGGGUGGAUGAUGAAGGUGUUUAUGUAUGUGAGGCCAAAAAUCAGUUCGGUUCUCUGAAGGUCAGCGCCAGACUGACCGUCACUGGCUUAGCGCCGCCUGUGUUGGCUCAGGGUUCCUCUGAGAUUUCAGCUGUUCGUGGUGAAUCCUUCACUAUUCCCUGCACGCUGCUGGAUGGGAUUCCUCUGCCUGAACGGAUCUGGACUCAUAAUGGACGGCAGAUUCAGGCAGGUGGCAGAGCAUUCCUCAGGAGUGAUGGCAGCCUGCACAUGGACAGAGCCGCCCUCGAGGAUGCUGGGAAAUAUGUGUGCACAGCUGUGAAUGUGGCGGGAACAGCCAGUUUAUCAGUGAUCCUGCAGAUUCACGUGCCUCCUGAGAUCAGUGCUGGUCCUCUGCAGUUUGAGGCCAGUGAGGGCGUUCCCAUCACUCUACCGUGUGAAGUUUCUGGAAUCCCGAAACCCACCAUCAGCUGGUCCAAGGGUGAAGAGCGCCUCCCUGUGGCCACAGUGGUUUCACAGGGUGAUGGAAGCAUCUACAUCUCCAACCCAACUGCAGAACAUGCAGGACGCUAUACAUGCAUGGCUAGCAGUGAAGUGGGCUUUGCUAGCAGAGAAAUUCUGCUGAGCGUUAACACAAAGCCCAGGAUCCGUGGUGUAGAUGAGAGCACACAGAUGGUUAAGAUGGUAGCAGAAGUGGGGUCAGAGGUCAUCCUGCCAUGUGAAGUUGAAGGUAGCCCCGCCCCUGUGGUGUCCUGGAGUAGAAAUGGACAGCCUAUCCCUCCAGUUACAGCCUGGUUUGCUGUGCUGCCCACUGGUUCUCUGAAGAUUAUGGAGGUCCAGCUGAUGGACAGUAAACUUUACACCUGCUCAGCUUCUAAUCCAGCUGGAAACAUCUCACUCACCUACAGUUUACACGUCCACGCUACGCCGAAGAUCCAGGCGGUGCCAAGUUCUCUGAAGGCUGUGAUUGGCCAGGCGGUGGCGCUGCAGUGCUUAGUUCAGGGUGAACCGCCCCCUCAAAUCAGCUGGUUCCAUAACGGCCAUCCAAUCAGCAGUGAGAGAACCUUCACCAUCAGAACUGUCCAACAUUCAGACAGCGGAACCUACAACUGUGUCGCCAAGAACAGCGCCGGACAGGACAGCAUACACACACACCUACACGUGUUAGAGGCUCCAUUCUUUAAAGCUGGUGGAGAUCUGGUCAUUGAGACGGUGGCUAACAGCAGGGUGGUCAUUCCCUGUCCUGCAGAAGGCUCUCCUCCUCCCAGUGUGCGCUGGUUCAAAAACGGCCUGGAGGUAAAUAUGGACCAAUCAGAGCACGGUGUAUCUCAGUUUCAGAAUGGCUCUCUGCUGAUUGGUUCAGCAUCUGCCAGCCAAAGCGGAGACUACCGGUGUGUAGCCGUGAAUGAGGCGGGUUCUGCGGAGAGGAAAACUCGGCUUAAAGUAAACGUUCCUCCAGAGAUUUUGGGGGACAAGAUCACUAACCUCACAGUGACCCUCAAACACCCACUGACCCUCAGCUGUGAUGCCCAUGGUGUCCCCUUCCCCUCCAUCACAUGGACUAAAGAUGGCAGACCUGUCCAGGAAUUUUCUGGAGUGUUUCUGCAUAAUGGGAACCGACUGCUGAAGAUCUCUCGAGUUCAGAAUGAACAUUCUGGCCUUUUCUCUUGUUCUGCCCACAGCAUUGCUGGACAGGCCAGCAGGGUCUUCUCUGUGGUGGUGCAGGCUCCACCAGUCAUUUCAGGUGUGUCUGGAGUGCAGGAGCUGAAUGUGUUAUUAGGUCAGCAGGUGGAGAUGGAGUGUCGUGUUACAGGCCGUCCGGUGCCAACAGUUGAGUGGAGUCUCAAUGGAGAGGUUUUGUCCCGUAAUGGAGACACUCUUGUGGAGUUCGCUGACCAGGGGCAGGUGUUGAAGCUGAAGUCGGUGAGGCUGAGGGAUCAGGGUGUGUUUGAGUGCUCAGCCAGAAACAGCGCAGGAACACACUCACGGCAGUUCAGGCUGACCGUCCAGGUACCACCAACCAUUCGCAGGUCCAGUGAGAACUCUGAGGUAACUGCAGUUUUGGGAUCCUCCACUGUUCUCCUUUGCGAAGCAGAGGGGAAUCCUAAUCCCAGCAUCACCUGGCUGAAGGACGGCAGGCCCAUCGUGUCCAGCCCACAGCUCACAUACUCACAGGGCGGACGCACAUUGCGAGUGGGGGCGGCGCGCAGCGAGGAUGCAGGAACGUACACCUGUAGGGCCUCUAGUCCUGCAGGGACGGCGCUUGCUCACUACACACUCAGCAUUCUGGUUCCUCCACAGAUUGAAGGAGCCUCAACGUCUCUGAGUUUUGAUAGCGGCGAGCAGAAAGUGCGAAUUAAUGAGACGUUAACUUUAUCCUGCUUGGCCAAAGGAUUUCCAGAACCUGCCACUCAGUGGUUUAAAGAUGGACAGCAGGUGCUGGAAGUUUACCCUGCUGCAGGGCACCUGCUGCAGAUUGAGAAAGUUUCUCUUUCCAACACGGGCCGAUACACCUGUGUAGCUUCAAACUCUGCUGGAGAGGACAGGAGGGACUUCCACAUCACUGUUCAGGUUCCUCCCGUCUUCCAUCGAACAAAUCACAGCGCCUCUGGAUGGGCACAAGGGGAGAGAGAUGAUGAGGAAGAGUGGAGAGAAAAAGAUGAAGGGUUAACCGAGAAGCGAGAGGUGGUUUUGGGGCAUCCUGUAAGUCUGUCGUGUGAAAGUAAUGCCAUCCCACCGCCUCGCCUCCACUGGUACAGAAACGGCAGAAAGCUGGGCAGCGCUGAUGGAGCUGUGCUUCUGGCAGGUGGGCAGGUCCUGCAGAUCCCCCGAGCUCAGCUGGAGGACGGUGGGAGAUAUACAUGUCAGGCAGUGAACGAGGCGGGAGAAGACCAGAUGCACUUUGACCUGGAAGUACUCAUCCCUCCUCAGAUUUCUGACCAGUCAGAUGAGUUUAUGGAGGAAGUGUCUGCUGUGGUGAACUCCACUGUGUUCCUGCGCUGCGAUGUUAGAGGAACACCCCCCCCAUCUGUGUCCUGGCUGAAGGAUGGCCUGCCACUCCACACCAACACACACUACCACAUCCAGGAGAACGGCGGAGUGUUGGAGAUUGUAGACGUGCAGGUGUCAGACAUGGCUGGAUACUUAUGUGUGGCAGAGAAUAAAGUUGGAGCUGUGCAGAAACUCCACAGUCUGUCAGUACAUGUCCCGCCGAGGAUUGUGGGUGAGCGUGAAGAGGCAGUGAGCGUUGUGGAAGGUCACAUGGUCUCCCUUCUGUGUGACGUACAAGCAUAUCCAGCAGCUGAAAUCACCUGGACCAGAGACGGAGAGGUGUUGCGGUUCAGUACAGGUGCUCAUGUCCUGCCAGGUGGGCAGAUGCUGCAGCUGCCCAGGGCUCAGCAGCAGGAUGCUGGUCAGUACGUCUGCACGGCAACCAACUCUGCUGGACAGGACCAGAAGAGCAUCCUUCUGAACGUUUAUGUUCCCCCCACCCUGCUCCCUCACUCAGGAUCAGAAGUCAUGACCCCUCUGCUGGGGUCAGCGGUUACUCUACACUGUGAGGCGCAGGGAGUCCCUGAACCUGAGGUCACAUGGUAUCAUAAUGGACAGCAGCUGACCGCUGAAGGUGGACUGCUGUUUAACCAGCAGCAACUGAAGAUAGCAGGAGUUCAGGUGGCCGAUGGUGGAAUUUAUACCUGCAGAGUGUCCAAUCCUGCUGGGCAGCUGGAACGCACCUUCAGACUCACCGUUCACGUUCCUCCAGCGAUGGAAGGGCCUCUCCACGAGAUGCUCACACACACUCUGGGCUCGAGGGUCCGGCUGGUUUGUGAUGUCACCGGGGUCCCGGCGCCUACAGUCAGCUGGCUGAAGGACGGCACAGCUGUCGGUGUAGGUGGCAGUGUGCUGGAGUUUGGACCCCUGGAACUUCAUCAUGCUGGAACUUACACCUGUGUGGCCCGAAACAGUGAAGGACAAAUGCAGAAAGAUUUCUCACUGACGGUUCAUGUGUCCCCCGCCGUUGUGGAUGCAGGUCCUGCUGAGGUCAGUGGUUUUUUGGGGGAAAGUCUGAGUUUAGAGUGUCGGGCAGAGGGCAGCCCCGCCCCCCACCUCCGCUGGUUCAGGAACGGUGCAGAACUGGACUCCACCCACUCUGAGCGCAUAGACGUCUCUCCGGACGGCCACAGGCUAACAGUCCGAAACCUGCGAGCGGACGACUCUGGAACGUUCUCCUGUUUGGCCGUCAGUCCUGCUGGUCAGGACAGCAGGAUCUACACUGUGUUUGUUCUGGUGCCCCCUGUUAUACUUGGUGAUGGUGAUGUCCAGGUUGAACCAGUAGAGGGCAGUGUGGUCACACUGGAAUGCGAGGUCACAGGAACUCCACCCCCACAGGUCAGCUGGUUCAGAGAUGGCCAACCACUGCUGCUGACCGCACGGACACACCUGCUACCCACACACACUGUGCUCAGGAUCUCCCGUGUCUCUCUCUCCGACUCUGGGCUGUAUGUGUGUGUUGCUCAGAGCAGAGCCGGUUCUGCAGAACGGAGGUUUCACCUCCAGGUUCCAGCCCCCCCCACCGUGGAUCGGACAGAGCCCACUGAGCAGGUCAGUGUGAUUUUGGGCUCAGUGGUCACUCUGAGCUGUGAAGCCCAUGGCGUGCCCCCCCCCACACUGACCUGGUUAAAGGAUGGCCGGCCGCUUUUGUUCAAUCACAACCAGCUGCCGGACGGCCAGGAAACGCACUUCCAGCUGCCGGCCGUGGGUCGCUCGGACUCUGGCCUUUACAGCUGUGUGGCCAGCAACCCGGCGGGCAGUACCACUAAAACCUUCAACCUCACUGUGCUAGAGCCUCCUAGACUGUCGGGCCCACUGGGGGCAGAGCAGAAGCUGGUGGCAGUAGAUGGUGUUCUGGAGCUGGAAUGCAUUGCUGAAGGCAUCCCACCCCCCACUCUGAGCUGGCUGAAGGAUGGGCGCCCCCUGGAGGACAGUACUGCUGUGGUGGAGCAAAAUGGACAGCUUCUCAAAAUCAACAGCGUUCAGGUUGAGGAUGCAGGCGUGUACACCUGUUUGGCCAGUAGUCCGGCUGGUGAGGAUGGCCGAAGCCACUGGGUGCGCGUCCAGCUUCCACCCACGCUUCUUGGCUCAAGUGACAUCAGAACGGUCACUGUGCCAGUUAGAGGUCAGGUGACCCUGCGGUGUCAGACAGAUGGUGACCCCUCCACAGAAAUUGAGUGGUACAAAGACGAUGUUAAACUGCAGUUUGGAAGCCGCUUUCAGAGCAUUGCAGGUGGUCAGUAUCUGGAGAUUGAAGAUGUCAGGCUGCAGGACAGUGGCCAGUACAGCUGUGUGGUGUCCAACAUCGCUGGCAGCACCAGUCUUCAGUUUGUUGUGGAGGUUCUCUUACCGCCGGUCAUCCGAGAGGGUGGCUCAUUGAUCACAGCGCAUGUCAGUCAGAACGUGGUUCUGCCAUGUGAGGUGGAAGGACAGACCACCCCCGCAGUGCUGUGGAGGAAAGAUGGUGGUCCGGUUCCUCUCAGCAGUGGCAGGUUCAGGGAGCUGCCAGAGGGGUCACUGCAGAUCAAGUCGGUGCAGCUGGUUGAUGCUGGCCGUUAUUACUGCAGCGUCUCCAACCCGGCGGGCUCGGCUCAGCGUAGCAUGGAGCUCAGAGUCUACGUUGGGCCCACAAUCAGCCCCGGCCCCUUAAACGUAACCCUGACAACAGGGUUGAGAGCGGUGUUAAGUUGUGAGAACACAGGUAUACCUACUCCACAGGUGAGCUGGAAGAGAAAUGGAUCACCCGUCAACACUCAGUCUGGAGCUUACAGGUUAAUGUCCUCAGGGUCUCUGGUGAUCAUCUCUCCGUCUCAUGAGGACGAGGGUUAUUUUGAGUGUAUAGUGACCAAUGAGGUUGGAGAGGAACGAAGGAUCGUAGAGGUCAUUCUGCAAGUUCCACCUUCCAUUGAAGAUGAUGUCACCACUGUCACAGCCAUUAAAAUGUCUCCGGUGGUGCUGCCUUGUCACGCCACAGGAAGUCCAGAGCCCACCAUCAGCUGGACCAAGAGUGGGGCACAGCUAGGCACUCGAGGGGGCAGUUACAGGAUCCUGCCCACAGGUGUGCUGGAGGUUCUGUCAGCCAGCCUGAGCCACGCUGGGAGAUACACCUGCACCGCCCGGAACCCGGUGGGAGUGGCCCACAAACACAUCACCCUCGCUGUGCACGAACCUCCAGAGAUCAGGCCAAUGGCUGAUGAAUUGCAGGUGGUGCUUCAUCAGGGGGCCAUUCUGCCCUGUGAAGUCCUCGGCUUCCCCAGACCCACUGUCACCUGGCAAAGAGAGGGUGUUCCCAUAGCAACAGGUAACAGACUAGCAGUGCUGUCCAGCGGAGCUCUGAAGUUCUCUCGGGUCACUCUGGGAGAUGGUGGCACAUACCAGUGCCUGGCACAGAACGCAGCGGGUACAGCUGUUGGCAGAACGCGCCUCAUCCUUCAAGUGCCUCCGGUGCUCUCGGUGCCGCUGCAAGAGUACAUGGUAGUGGUUGGCCAGUCGGUCAAUCUAGAGUGCGCGGCAGAUGGGCAGCCCAGGCCGGAGGUGGUGUGGCACAGAGAGCGGCGGCCUGUGGUGGAAGGAACCCACCUGCAGCUCUUCUCCAAUGGAACCUUACACAUACCAGCUACACAGCGCAGCGACGCCGGCCUCUACACCUGCUCAGCCAGGAAUGCUGCGGGUAGAGCCAGCCAAGACGUCCGGGUAUUUAUACAGGUACCACCCAUAAUUCCUGGUGGUCAGACUGAGGUGUCAGUUAUCCAGGGUUUCCAGGCACUGCUGCCGUGUGUGGCUCAGGGUCUGCCAGAGCCGAAGGUGCGGUGGGAGAAGGAUGGUACAGCAGUAUCCGACCUGCCAGGCAAAUUCACUGUGCUCUGGUCAGGAGAGCUGAUCAUCGAAAGGGCAGAGCCUGGAGAUGCCGGUGUGUUUACAUGUGUAGCCACCAACCCUGCAGGCUCUGCUCACCACAGUGUCCACCUGGCCGUCAACAUGAGACCAGCCUUCAAGGAGUUACCAGGUGACAUGACCCUGAACGUGGGUCAGAGUCUCACCCUGUCCUGCCACGCUCAGGGGACACCUUCUCCCACAGUAACAUGGACAGUCAACAGCCACCCCUACACAGGUGCCACUGUAGACGAGUCUGGUAGGAGUUCUCUGCUGAUUGAGAACGUAACAGUGGGUGAUGCUGGUACCUACGUUUGCGCUGCAGAAAACGCCGUUGGCACCGUUAAAGCUCUCUCGUUCGUCCGUGUCACAGAGCCCCCUAUACUGAGAGGUGAGGCCCACCUGUCUCAGACGGUGUCCCGUGGUGGGUUGGCCGUGUUGGACUGUCCUGUAAAAGGAAACCCAGUUCCAGUGCUACGAUGGCACAAAGACGAUAGCCCUCUGCUGGGUUCUGAGCGUUUACACCCUCUUCGCAAUGGCUCUCUGGCUAUAUACGGUGCCAUGAGUGGGGACUCAGGAGUGUACCGCUGUGUGGCUGAAAGUGAGGCUGGUGUUGCAGAGAGGACCAUCUCUCUAAAAGUUCAAGUUCCAGGAGGAUUCUCAAACUGGGAAGACUGGGGGCCGUGCAGUGUCACCUGUGGGCGGGGCAUCCAGGAGCGAUUCAGAUCGUGCACCAACCCGCUACCAGCCAACGGAGGCCCACCUUGCGAAGGUCCAAAUGUGGACAUUAGGGAAUGCCAGACAUCGUUAUGUUCAGGCGAGACCCCUCGGAGGGCCCGAGGCAGUCUGAUAGGGAAAGUAAAUGAUCAAGAGUUUGGAGUGGCUUUCCUCGAGGUCAACAUCACCGAAAACUCGGAGCAGGGCACCAGCACCCUGCAAGCCCAUGUGGACAACAUCCCCCCCAGUGUGGGCCCUCUGAUGCGAGUUCUUGUGUCUGUAUUUGCUCCCGUCUACUGGACUACCGUGUUCCAGACAGCAGAAACACGAAACGGGUUCUCUGUCAGUCAGGGUCGCUUCAGACAGGAGUCUCAGCUGGAGUUUGACACCGGUGAGAUCCUAAAAUUGACACAUGUGGCCAGAGGAGUGGAUGCAGAGGGUGUCCUGCUGGUGGACAUGGUCAUCAAUGGUUUUAUUCCACCGUCACUGUCAUCUUCUCGGCUCAGUCUUCAGGACUUUGAUGAGUCAUACGUUCAGACAGGCUCCGGGCAGCUCUACGCCUGGUCCUCUCAAAACCACCUGCAGGACGGCGUCCCAGUGACCCUGCGCUGUAAUCACUCGCUGCUGUACGAAGGUCCUGCAGAGCGCCAGGGGGCACUGCUGCAGCUCCUCAGACUGACAGACAUCAGCGGGACCUACAGUCUGUUUAGCCUUAGCCUCCAAUUCCAGAUGACCGCAUCACUGGUCGUGCCAGAGGGGGGUGGAGACACAUGCCCAAAAGGAUUCGUCUUGGACACGGCCUCAUACUGUGCUGAUGAGGACGAAUGCGCUGUGGACUCUGGCUGUUCUCACUCCUGCACCAACAUCAUGGGCGGCUUUACCUGCACCUGCCCCUCUGGCUUCAGCAUCUCCACCCACUCCAACACCUGCCAAGAUAUAGACGAGUGCGCUGAAGGAUCACACAUGUGCCACUCAAAUCAGCAGUGUGUGAACACAGUCGGCCGGUACCGCUGUCAGGCACAGUGUGGCCCUGGAUUCAAACCCAGCUCGGCCGGCAGCAGCUGUGAAGACGUGGAUGAGUGCCAGGAGUCUUCAGUCUCUCCCUGCCAGCAUCACUGCUUCAACACACUUGGCUCCUUCCGCUGCGCCUGCCGUCCAGGCUAUCAGCUGGUGGGACAUCGAUGCCUCGAUGUAAAUGAGUGUUUGCAGAGUGUGUGUCCAGUUAAUCAGCAGUGCAGAAACACAGAUGGAGGAUAUCAGUGUUUUGAAAGUUGUCCAGCAGGAAUGAUGCAGUCGGAGAGUGGCGUGUGCACAGAUGUAGACGAGUGUGAAGACGGCAGCCACGCUUGUCGGUACAGUCAGAUCUGCCAGAACACACUCGGCGGGUACGCGUGUGUGUGUCCGAGGGGCUUCCGCUCUCAGGGUGUCGGCCGACCGUGUGCAGACAUUGAUGAAUGUGUCCAGACACCCAGCCCCUGUGCCUAUCAGUGUCGGAACGUGCCGGGCAGUUUCCGUUGCGCGUGUCCACCGGGCACCGUGUUGCUUGGUGACGGCCGUUCCUGUGCUGGUCUAGAGAGGGGGCGCAUCGUUACCAAUGGCACCAGGUUCCAGACCAGACUGAGGCCGCAGCUGGUGUCCACUCUUGGCCGACCACUCCUGACCCAGUUCCAGACUGAGCAUCAGGGACCCUUGCGUGGUCCAAGGAACAGCUGCCCCCCAGGCUUCACCAACAAGGAUGGCACCUGUGUGGACGUUGAUGAAUGUGUGUUCAGAAAGCCCUGCCAGCAUGAAUGUAGAAACACAGCCGGAAGUUUCCAGUGUUUGUGUCCUUCAGGAUACCAGCUCUUAUCCAACGGUCGAAGCUGCCAAGAUAUUGAUGAAUGUACAGAACACAGGGUUCAGUGCGGACCAAACCAAAUGUGCUUUAACACACGGGGGGGCUACCAGUGUUUGGACACACCCUGCCCUGCCAGCUACCAGAGACGUGGCAGUCCUGGGACCUGUUAUAGACCCUGCUCUCCAAACUGCGCCGCAGGAGCUUCUCCCCUCCUUCUCCAGUACAAGCUCCUGACUCUUCCCCUCGGAAUCCCAGCACAGCACAACGUGAUCCGUCUUUCAGCGUUUUCUGAGGCUGGUGUCCUGCAAGAACGCACAUCUUUCACUAUCCUGGAACAAGGAGGUGAGAUCGAAGACCAGCCGUUUGGAAUUAAGGAUGAGGCUGGAAGAGGCAUCAUCUUCACCAUGCGUACUUUAGACCAUCCUGGCCUGGUCAGGCUGCGAGUACAAGCAACCACACUGUCUGAGCAUGGCCGCAUCACAUAUCAGAGUAUAUUCAUCAUUUACAUCUCCAUCUCCAUGUACCCCUACUGACCUCAGCUCAGCAGCACUGAGACGCCGCCGAGUGCUGAGAGGAACACUGACGCUCUCCUGAGCUCCACUCUGGUGAUCCACUCAUCAGUAGAGGGGAAAACUUUUGGCUGAAUGGAUUUGAUUCCUACAUGAACAUUCACAGCAGGAACUUGGGAAUGUGCUCUCAGACAAAUGCAGUAUUAUAAUGGACCACCAGACACGUUUCCAGUUUGCUACAAUAAAGACCACUCUCCUGACCCUUUCCUUUUAUUUACUGUCCACUGACUUGUAAAGGACAUAAGUCUCACAGCUCUGACAUCACUGAUUCAUUGAGAAACACUGCAUUACUGACCAUGGUUGGAAGGGUUACUUUAAAAAUGUAUUUCAUUCCUGAAGCACAGAAUAAUUAAUGUGAUCUUAAAGUUUAAAAGGCAUUUGUUUCACACAGAAACUAAGAGUGAGCUGAUUGUCUUGGUUACAAAUCAUAAUUUACACAUCUUGCCAUUUUGCACCCACCAUUCAAAAACUACCAAAGAGAAAGAUUAAAACUAAACUAACUUCCUUCGUGAGACUGCUUUCUGUUCACAUUUCAGACUGUUAGUGUUAGUUCACUUCAGCAUUAAAAUCUGGCAGGUUAAUGUUCACAAAAGCUUCAUUCACAGCUACUCAAACUAUAGAUUUUUAUGGUGAAACAGAUGAGAAUAGAAGAGCUGUCAGAUCAGAUCAGUCCGCUGCUGUAGAAUCUGGCAAUGUGGGAACCGAGGGUACAUGAGUGACUCCAAUAUCUUCAGGAAAAUGCAGCAGAUCUCAGUUCUGACAAUACAAAUAAAAUACCUGAAGUUCACGUGAUGGGGGUUUGUUCAUAACUCUCUCCCGGCUGCAGGACCAUCCGCCCCGUGUCUUCCCCAAGUUCAAAAUUCCUCAAAUGUACCUGAUUCCUGUGACAUUUAUCAUUUAAACGAUAAAAUUCAACAAAAGUGAUGACUUCGUGUACAUGGUUUGAAUGUAAUUCUGCUGGUAAUCACUCUGUUCCUAUAAUGUACUUUCUUGUACUGUAACUGUAGCAAAAUACAGUUACUUUUUUUGUAUCAUUAUGUAACGCUUGUACAUUUAUUCCUUUACUACCCAACCCUGUUCCUGACACACUGGUUAUUAAUAAUAGUUUAUCUGGACUGAUUUAUAUUGUAACUUUUUUUGUACAGUGUUUCGCUGGUUAUAAUCAAAAUGUCCAAUGGACAAUACCAAUUGAAAGGAUUGAGAAGCUAUAACAUUGUUUCAAAUUCUUGUAGAAAUAAAAUGGAUGACAGGUAUUUUUAAUAAUUUUAUCUUGAUGUGUGUUGAAAUUGUUUUAUUAUUAACUGUAUCCUUUUUUAUCAGCCUCUGGACAAGGUGCUAUUUUAAUUAAUUAAUUAAUUAAUUAAUUAAAACAAAAUUCUCAAUUCUUGACACCAAAUGCCUUAAUGUGAUUUUGGAAAAAAAAAGCCAACAACAACAAAUAAAUAAGACUAGACUGUGAAUAUGGCUGAGAAUUAGAUGGACAGAACACAUGCAAGAAUUGAACGACCAAACAAAUGGACAGACACACACUGUUUGUGGAAGGGCCAGUUGCCCCCAGUCAUAGCUGUAAGUGGGGUGGGAUUUUAGGAGUUAGACCUAAGGUUGAAGGUAAAGUUAGGGUUAAGUUUAGAUGUGUUAUCUCUAAUGACCUCCAACAUCACAAACCUUUGCAGUGGAGAAGGAAGAUGCAGAGUUGAGUUAUUGCUAUUGGACAUGUGAUCUCUGCAGUGCACUUUAAACACAUUUUUUUUUACUAUUUUUGCAUUGUUUUUACUACACGUUUCGGCAUUUGUGUGAACCACUUUGAAUUACCACUGUGUAUGAAAGGUGCUAUUCAAGUAAACUUGCCCUGUCCCUCCAUCUUGGAGGCAACUGGAAAGCAUGUUAUGCUGCUGACAGACCUGUUUCAGAAUUCUGCAGUAAUCCAGUACAUUUAGGAGAAUGAAGGCGAGCGAGGGCUGAGCAGAACACACUCUGGGGCUAAUUUUACUCACCUAUAAUCUCUCUGCUAUCAGAUGAUGAACAGAUGCAAGAUUAAAGCAUAUUGUUUUUGUAGUUUUAAGACUGAACCAUUUUCUAUUAUAACUUAUGAAUAAUCAUUAUUGUAUUAAAUUUGUUUGAAUUGGGUGAAGCCUGAAAACAUUAAACCUUGGACCACUGCUGUUCU